CAGCUGUAGACGUGAUAAGCAGGGUUAGUCAGUCACUCACCGCCGCGGUGUGAGAUGUGUCUGCUCCGGAAGGCUUCUUUCUUUCGCCGAUGCAGCAGAGACGGACACUUGAGCAAUAACGCCGAGAUCAGAAUUCACUAUGUGGCUCUAAAUAUGUAGCCCUUCCUAUAAAUUGCAAGCAACUGAAGCAAGUGUGUCAAAGAGGAUCCUGGUUAGAAUAGCUGUACCUGAUAAAGUUCUACAUGUCGACAGCACUUGCAAAAGCCCUUCAAGAAUGCAAGUUUCAGGAGAAAGAAUUGCAGCAGCUUCAGGAGACCCAUCGGCUUUACCUGCAGAAGCUAGAGGAAGUCUCCAAACUUCAAAAGAGCUUUGCUGCCUCCAUUGCUCGACAGAAAAAGAAUUUAAAAGAGAAUUUAAAGGCUUUGAUUAAGUUUAAUAAAGGACUGACAGAAGAGGAGAAGAAUGAGGUUAAGGAGGCCAAAGAUCACAUCCAAAAUAUGCAGAGCCUAAUCUUUCAAAUGGAAGCAUUUCUUCCUAAGAAAAAUGGGAUUUAUCUCAAUCUUGUCCUUGGAAGUAUGAAUGUCAACCUUCCAAGCAAAGAGGCCAAAGAAGAAUACAAGGAUGAGUAUGAAAGGUUCAAGCUGUAUGUGACUGUGACUUUUUUCCUGCUGACCUUCGCUUGUCGCUUCUUCAUCACUAACAGAGUUGUGGAUGCCCUUCUUAACUUCCUGUUGGUUUGGUACUACUGCACACUGACGAUUCGUGAAAGCAUCCUCAUCAGCAAUGGAUCCAGGAUUAAAGGCUGGUGGGUUUUCCACCACUACAUUUCCACCUUUCUGUCUGGAGUCAUGCUAACCUGGCCAGAUGGUGAAACAUACCAGUCUUUCAGGAACCAAUUUCUGGCCUAUUGUUUGUAUCAAAGCUUUGUGCAGUAUCUUCAGUACUACUAUCAGAGUGGGUGUCUCUACAGGCUAAAAGCACUGGGAGAAAGACACAACUUGGAUUUGACUGUUGAGGGCUUUCAGUCGUGGAUGUGGCGGGGACUGACAUUUCUUCUUCCCUUUCUCUUCCUGGGCCACUUCUGGCAGCUGUGGAACAGUAUUUCUCUCUUCAGAAAGGCACAGAUGCAUGAAAGUAAAGAAUGGCAGGUGUCCAUGUGUGGCUUCUGCUUUCUUGUUCUGUUUGUGGGAAACUUUUUCACUACACUUGCAGUCGUCCGUCACAAGCGCAAAAACCAGCAAAAGACCAAGAGUCUGUGAUUUUAAAGAGCUUUCAUGCAGAAAUGUCAAAGUCAACAGACAUAUUUGUACAAAACAUGCACAACAAUCCAUCUUUAAUUUUUUUAGUAUCUUUCAGAAAACAUGCAGAAUGCAUUUUGUUAGUAUAAAGUGGGAUGCUGAACAAUCUGUAAUAAAUUUGUUUGUAGAAGUGGAAUUAAAAAAAAAAACGUGAAUAAACUAUAAAAAUGAAAAGUG